AUUGAAAGUGAUCGGCAAGAAGAAAAUGCUCAGAAAUUGUUAAAUCAAGACAUUGAUUUAGAUCAAGCCGGAUUUGGACAGUUUUAUUGUGUUGAAUGCGCGAGGCAUUUUAUCGACGAGGAAGCCCGUGACAAGCACCGUAGAUCCAAAGUCCACAAACGCCGCCUAAAAGCCCUCGAAGUAGAUCCCUACACUAUCGAGGAAUCCGAGCGAGCUGCAGGCCACGGUAACUGGAUAUCCCCCAAAAAGCGCAAAAUCGAAACUUUAACCCGGGAAAACGUUAGUUUACCCGAUAACAAAAGAAUGAAAAUCCAAUAAAAAAUGGCAUUAAGUAGAAUCUCACCCUCAGUCCUUAAAAACAUCACUUGCAGGCACGCAUCAGCUCUUUUUAUCCCCGGAAAUAAAGCAACCGACUCUUACUCGUUCCUUUCCCCAAUCCUCGACUUCGACGAGCGCUUUGCCGACAUAAAAAAGCUCGAAUAUCAAUUGCAUUGUCGAAAAAUCCCGCUAGAUGUCCGCGCGGUUAAAGAUUCCUGGGACUUUUACAAAAGCAUAGACACCCAGCGCCACCUGAUCGAAGUUCAGCGUGAAGAAUUAGCUCAGAAGAUAAAAAAGGUCAAAAAAAAUGGCGGGUCUAUAGAAGAACUUAAGACCCAGGGCGCCAUCUUGCGGCACGACUUGAAAUUAAUUAAAGAACAGCUCUGGAAGCUUGAAGAGACAGUAAUUGUUAAUGUUCUGAACUUACCCAAUGAUUUAGAUGAAAAAACUUCAAUGGAACCGGUGGUUCUUAGAACACAAGGUCGGAAAACUGUUGGAACAUCAAAGAGCCACUUGGAACUUGGCUUGGAACGCCACCUGGUCGAGUUUCUGGAACCGAUGUGCUAUUAUCUGACUAAUGAAGCCGCUUUGGUUGAAUUAGCAGCCACCAGGUGGGCAGCUGGGUAUUUUUUGGACACUAUAAGGGUCAGUGGAACUGAUUUUGCGCGGGAUUUUGUUGUUGAAGCUUCCGGAACUGACCACAAUGACCCCAGGGCGUCGUUCUUGCUGGAACACAGCAACCAUGAUGAUAAAAUCUUGGGUAAGCUUCAUUUAGUCGGAGGGUCUAGCUUAAUUGCGUUUUUAAGCAUGCAUACCAAGCAGCUGAUUAAUCCCAAAAACUUGCCACUGAGGUACCACUCCGUAGGUCGGCAUUACACACCGACGGUCGGUAAAACAGAUUUGGGACUGUUCGGAGUCGCUCAGGCGACUAGUAUAGACUGCUUUACACUCUCCAAGGCUUCGGAAGCCACUAAAGAGUUUUUUAAGCUUGUGGAUGUGCUUACUAGGGUCUAUGAUGACUUAGGGGUCCAUUAUCGCAUUGUUCUUAGAGCAGCUGAUGAACUUGAGCCCUGGGAGGCUUUAAAAGUGUCCUUUGAGCUGUGGUCCAGGCACAGCCAGAGGUAUAUAGAAGUAGGUCACUUAGCGACCCAUGGGAAUUAUUUUAGCAAGAGGUUGCUAAUUGCGUUUCAAACUAACACCGGCAGGGAUUAUCCAUCGGCUAUUUCCGGAACUGUACUGUCUGUUCCAAGGUUACUAGGAUGCUUGAUUGAGGAUUCGGGUGAUUUUGUACCGUGUGUUGUUAAGCGUAUUUUGGAAAAUGGAUUGUAAAUUGUUGAAUAAAUAUGUUAAAUUA